GCACGAGCGAGUCAAACGACAAUUCUUAUCUCUCUCUUUCUCAUUCUCUUAUAAAUCCAAUUCUUAUCUUCACAUUUUCAUUACAUCAGAUUCUCACGUAAACUUACUGUACAAAUGGAAACCUUCCUCUUCACAUCAGAAUCAGUCAAUGAAGGCCAUCCCGACAAGCUCUGCGACCAGGUGUCCGACUCCGUUUUAGAUGCCUGUCUAGAGCAAGACCCAGAAAGCAAAGUUGCCUGCGAGACCUGCACGAAGACGAACAUGGUAAUGGUGUUUGGCGAGAUCACAACCAAAGCUAAAGUUGACUAUGAGAAAAUAGUUCGCGACACUUGCAGAGGUAUCGGCUUCACAUCAGCCGAUGUCGGUCUCGAUGCCGACAAUUGUAAGGUUCUUGUUAAUAUUGAAGAACAAAGCCCUGAAAUUGCUCGAGGAGUUCAUGGCCAUUUCACCAAAAAGCCAGAGGAAAUUGGAGCUGGUGAUCAAGGUCACAUGUUCGGCUAUGCCACAGAUGAGACCCCUGAGCUCAUGCCAUUAACUCAUGUUCUUUCCACUAAGCUUGGUGCUAAGUUAACAGAGGUGAGAAAAAACAAGACUUGCCCAUGGUUGAGACCUGAUGGGAAAACACAAGUCACGGUUGAAUAUAAGAAUGAAGGUGGAGCCAUGGUUCCAAUUCGAGUUCACACCGUUCUUAUUUCAACCCAACAUGAUGAAACUGUCAACAAUGAUCAGAUUGCUGCUGACUUGAAAAAACGUGUGAUUAACCCUGUUAUCCCAACUAAGUACAUUGAUGACAAGACCAUCUUCCACCUCAACCCUUCUGGUCGUUUCGUCAUCGGUGGACCUCACGGAGAUGCAGGACUUACGGGCCGGAAAAUCAUUAUUGAUACUUAUGGUGGGUGGGGUGCUCAUGGUGGAGGAGCUUUCUCAGGGAAGGAUCCAACUAAGGUGGAUAGAAGUGGUGCUUACAUUGUUAGACAGGCUGCAAAGAGUGUGGUGGCUUCUGGGCUCGCACGUCGUUGCCUUGUGCAGGUAUCUUAUGCCAUUGGCGUGCCGGAACCUUUGUCUGUAUUCGUAGAUACUUACAAGACUGGGGAAAUACCAGAUAAGGAUAUUCUAGGCUUGAUAAAAGAAAAUUUUGACUUCAGGCCAGGAAUGAUUGCUCUCAAUCUUGACCUGAAAAGAGGAGGAAAUUAUAGAUAUCAGAAAACUGCUGCAUAUGGUCAUUUUGGACGUGAUGAUCCAGAUUUCACUUGGGAAAUUGUCAAGCCUCUCAAGCCUAAAACUUGAUUAGAUUCAGGUUGAGGUAGAAUAAAGAAAUUAACCUUCCCAUAAGGUGAAAGGUGCAAGUCAAAUAGUUUCCAUGUUAUUUGUUUUUAUGUUGUGUAAUUUCUUUCUUUUCUUUUUAAUCCAAUGAAAGAUAAUGGGAAGUACUAUA